CGAUGUCUAACCUGCGUAAGAUAAUGACCGUGAACGACUUGAGUCAGGUAGAGACUCAGGAAAUUGGUGACUUGAGAAAGGUGAGAAGACUGAGAAAACUGAUGAAUGAGAGUGAUGAGGGGAAGUUGAAGCCCGGGCAAGAGGGUGAUGCGGCCAGCUCGUUUAGCGAAUCAGCUAACAUGAGCAAACUGGUCCGAGGUUAUGAGUCCCUGGCCAGUCAGUCACAUGGAGCUGUCAGGAGUGGGAUCACCACACAGGCACUACCAGGAACUGACAGGGCUCUGAUCAGCCUCUUACCAAAAGCACCCAGGCUUCACCAUGGAGUAGACACAGGGGAGACCACCGACAACCCUCCUGUCCCUCCACCACAGCCUGCCAGAUGUGGGUACUUCGUGCUGUACAGACUCCACAACGGAGAGUGGUACCGCUUCCUGGCUUCUGAUGAUCACAUCCUGGAGGAGCUGUUUGGUGACGGUGAGGAAUUGCACAGGCUGUAUUUCCACUGUGAGGCAACGGCGAGAGAUGGAACCCUACCAGUCGGCAGAUUGGAUGCUAUUGACGACCUGCCGGUACGUGGACUGACGUCCUCAGAACUGUUGGAUGUCGUGACCACGUCAGUGGAUCCUGAUUUGUGGAUCAAGCCGCUGGAGUUCGAACUGAUCACACUGGAGGGCCUGACCAGUGAGCAGGAGCUUCCCAGUGAAGAUGAGGAGUCUAGUGAUGAGGAGGAGACAGAGGAGAACAGCGACACUCAGCAGCAGGUCUGCCCUGUCAGGAAGCGGGGACGUCUGGCCGCUUUCUUCUCACGCUGCCGCAGGGCUUUCACUUCAUGCUGGCGCCGCUGAAUAUCCAGCAAAGACAUUCUCUAUUUAUGACAUAAAGCUAUUUACAUUUUGUAU